AGCAUCCUGCUGCUGCUGGUGCUGUACGUGCUGCAGGGCAUCCCGCUGGGCCUGGCGGGCAGCGUCCCCCUCAUCCUGCAGAGCAAGAGCGUCAGCUACACCGACCAGGCCUUCUUCAGCUUCGUCUUCUGGCCCUUCAGCCUCAAGCUGCUCUGGGCCCCCUUGGUGGACGCCGUCUACCUGCGGGGCUUCCGGCGCCGCAAGUCCCCGCUGGGGCGGCCCACGCAGUACGUUCUGGGGCUCUUCAUGAUCUACAUGUCCACCCAGGUGGACGUGCUGCUGGGCGACAGGAAGGGCCGGGGCCCCGACGUGGUGGCCCUCACCGUGACUUUCUUCCUCUUCGAGUUCUUGGCGGCGACGCAGGACAUUGCGGUGGACGGCUGGGCCCUCUGGGCCCUCACCAUGUUGUCCAGGGAGAACGUGGGCUACGCCUCUACCUGCAACUCCGUGGGCCAGACGGCCGGCUACUUCCUGGGCAACGUCCUCUUCCUAGCCCUCGAGUCGGCCUCCUUCUGCAACAAGUACCUGCGGUUCCAGCCCCAGCCCCAGGGGAUUGUUACCCUCUCAGAUUUCCUGUUUUUCUGGGGAGCUGUCUUUUUAAUUACCACGACACUGGUUGCCCUUUUGAAGAAGGAAAACAAGGAGCUAACACCAACAAAAGAAGAAACAAAAGGCAUCACUGACACAUACAGGCUGCUGUUCUCGAUAAUCAAGAUGCCGGCAGUUCUUACGUUCUGUGUCUUGAUUCUCACAGCAAAAGUUGGGUUUUCAGCAGCCGACGCUGUAACAGGACUCAAACUGGUGGAAGAGGGAGUCCCGAAAGAGCACUUAGCUCUGCUCGCUGUUCCAAUGGUCCCUCUGCAGAUAAUACUGCCCCUGAUUAUCAGCAAAUACACAGCAGGCCCCCAGCCACUGAACACCUUCUACAAAGCCAUGCCUUUCAGAUUACUGCUUGGUCUGGAAUUUGCUUUUUUGGUAUGGUGGACUCCUAAAGUAAAAUACGAAGGAGGAUUUCCUGCUUACUACUAUGCUGUGGUAUUGUUGAGUUACGCUUUGCACCAGAUCACGCUGUAUAGCAUGUAUGUUGCAAUCAUGGCUUUCAACGCCAAAGUCAGCGAUCCGCUGAUCGGAGGAACCUACAUGACCCUCCUAAAUACCGUCUCGAAUCUGGGAGGGAACUGGCCUUCCACCGUCGCGCUCUGGCUUGUGGACCCACUCACGGUGGAAGAGUGUGCAGGGGCCCGGGAACAGGCCUGUGGGACUACAGCUGCAGCAGAACUCUGCACAAAAGCUGGUGGUUCCUGUGUCACUGCCUUGGACGGUUACUACGUGGAGUCCGUCAUCUGUGUCAUUCUGGGCUUCGGCUGGUGGUUCCUGCUUGGGCCAAAAUUUAAGAAGCUGCAGGACGAAGGACAGUCUUCGUGGAAGUGCAAGAGGACCAAUUGAUGCAGUUUAAAUAUUGGCUGGACUCGCAAGGUCGUUUUAGUUUUAUUACAAAGACAUAUCCCAUAAGCAAUGAGCAGGAAUAUAGGUCUUUUUAAAUGCCACGUCGCUGACAAAAUGGGUGGCUGAGACAGUGGUAUGUUUGUAUGUGAUACCACUUGCCCUCCCGAGAUGAAAGUGUAAGUUCAGAAAGUGAUGGUUAAA